UUAGUAAGCCCCACUUACUGAUUCAGUUGGCUCUGAAUUAUUCGACAUCUGUCUGAUGUCCACCGUAUAUUUUUUCAUCGCUUUCCCUUACAAUUGGAAAACUCCUCCAAAAUGAUGGAGGCACGUCGCCAGGAGCGACAACGUCGAGAAUCAGCAAAGGCGACGGCGGCGACCUCACUGCCCUCCAGUCAGGACGAGGAGUUCAAUCUGCGCUUGGUCGACCUGUACGGAGGACAGUCCUGCCUGUGGAACACCUCGCUGCCGGAGCACGAGGACGUGGAGCUUAAGCGCGGGGCCUGGGAGAAGAUAGCCAAGGAGCUGGGAAGCCACUUGACGGCCGCCUUUGUCCGGAGCCGGGUGCACAGCAUGCGGCAUCAGUUGAAUGUCUACAAGCUGCAGAUGAUCGAGUACCAGAUGACGCCCGGAAUUGGUAAGGCACCGGAGAAGCCCUACUACGUGGACCGUUUCGCUUUCCUGGACACAGUGCCCACUUCGAGGGGCGACGACACCGGGCAAAGCGAGACGAAGUCCUCCAAGAGCUCCGACUCAGAGAUUUCCGUCUUCCGCUGGUCCAGACCCUCGGUGGGCGUUACACCUAGUGCCAUUCCCAGUAUCGCCGGUAUGGUCAGGGAGCGGAUGGAGGAGUCGCGGCAACUUCCAGUUCCCCUGCACAUGGCCUUCCCACGCCUCCAGCUUAACCGGAUGCGGAGAAGCGCCAUAGGGGGCAGGAUUUCGGAGCCCAGUUCCGGGUCGUCCAGUCUGGAAAUAUCCGAUGUGCCGCCAACCCUGCAAGCUCGGCCGGGCGAGUCCGUGUCCAAGACCAAGCUGUCCGCGGACAAGAUGCGGACAAGACAGAAACUGGAGCAAAACCGGGAGGCGGAGUCCGAGGACGACGAGCUCUACACUUUGCACUGGGAGGUGAGGAACCAGCAGCGAUCCUUGCGGAACGGGCAGUCCCCACUGGCUGGCUCGCCCGCAGGCGAAAAGGAUAUAUUUUAAAGGAUACUCUUAAGCCAAACACACCGCCAUCUGUAGCUAAAAGCCAUUAAAUUGUUCUCGAACGUAUUCUCGCUAGGGCUCCCCCAGACCCUAGUGCUUAGACCCUA